CUCAGCAGCAGCAGCAAGUGCAGCGCAGCGGAGCAGGGAGGAGCGGAGCGGAGGCUGUUCCACCGUCGUGAGGAAACACCGCACAGAUGAAGGGACCGUCGCGGACACCUACCACACAUUCCUGCGCUUGAUUACCGCCGAACACCGAACGACACGGUCCUCGCUUCCCUCCACGCUUCGCUGCUGUGGGUCUCUCAUUCGGAGGGUUCGUCGGUUUUUCCUCCGGGAGGCUGAAUGGAAGCCGAGGGAGCGGUCGGUCUGUCGGAGGCCAGGGAAGGGAGCUCGCUAUCCGGGGCCGCAGCAUCCGAUGAUGGGGACACAGUCGUGGGGGUUAGCUACGGGAUGGACGCUGCAGACAUGGACGCUGCUGCUAAGAAAGCCUUCAUCACAGAGAUGCCCUCAUCCUCAGGCCAGCCAGGCCAGGGAAAGAAGAUUGGCCACAGAGGGGUGGAUGCAUCAGGGGAAACUACUUACAAGAAGACCACAUCGUCGGCCUUGAAAGGUGCCAUCCAGCUGGGCAUCGGUUACACGGUGGGCAACCUGAGCUCCAAGCCAGAGAGAGAUGUGUUGAUGCAGGACUUCUACGUGGUGGAGAGCAUCUUCUUCCCCAGUGAAGGGAGCAAUCUCACUCCAGCCCAUCAUUUCCCGGACUUCCGCUUUAAAACUUAUGCUCCUGUGGCCUUCCGCUACUUCAGAGAACUUUUUGGCAUCAGGCCGGACGACUACCUGUACUCCCUAUGUAAUGAACCCCUGAUCGAGCUGUCCAAUCCUGGAGCCAGCGGUUCAGUCUUCUAUCUGACAAAGGAUGACGAGUUCAUCAUCAAGACUGUGAUGCACAAGGAGGCUGAGUUCUUACAGAAACUGCUGCCUGGAUACUACAUGAACUUGAAUCAGAACCCUCGCACUUUGCUGCCCAAGUUUUUCGGCCUCUACUGUGUCCAGUCGGGCGGGAAGAACAUCCGCGUGGUGGUGAUGAACAACGUCCUGCCUCGCGUGGUUCGCAUGCACCUCAAAUACGACCUGAAGGGAUCCACCUACAAGAGGCGAGCAUCCAAGAAGGAGAGGGAGAAAGCCAGACCCACCUUCAAAGACCUGGACUUCAUGCAGGACAUUCAGGAUGGACUGAUGCUGGACCAGGACACUUACAACGCUCUGGUCAAGACUCUACAGAGAGAUUGCCUGGUGCUGGAAAGCUUUAAGAUCAUGGACUACAGCUUGCUGCUCGGGGUCCACAACAUGGACCAAGCGGAGAGGGAGAGGCAGAUGGAGGGAUCCCAGGGCGACAGCGACGAGAAGAGGCCCGUGGCUCAGCAGAAAGCUCUGUACUCCACAGCCAUGGAGUCCAUCCAGGGAGGAGCAGCCUGUGGAGGCUCCAUCGACACUGACGACACGAUGGGCGGUAUUCCAGCUGUUAAUGGAAAAGGGGAAAGACUCCUCCUCUACAUCGGGAUCAUCGACAUCUUGCAGUCCUACAGGCUAAUCAAGAAACUGGAGCACACGUGGAAGGCUUUAGUUCAUGACGGAGACACCGUAUCGGUCCACCGGCCAGGAUUCUACGCCGACAGGUUCUUCAAGUUCAUGAGCAGCACGGUUUUCAAGAAGAGCUCCUCCCUGAAGUCCUCUCCAUCCAAGAAGGGUCGAGUGUCUCUGACGGUGCCAAAGUGUGGCGGUCCUGGUGCUGCCUGGUCAGCCAGCCAGCUGCCCUGCGAGAGAGACGAGAACAUCUACGACCUGAGAGGAGCUCGCAGCUUCCCAACACUGGAGGACGAGGGGCGGCCAGAUCUUCUUCCAUGCACUCCUCCAUCGUUUGAGGAGGCCACCACAGCGUCCAUCGCCACCACACUCUCCUCCACCACCUCCCUGUCCAUCCCUGAGAGAUCUCCCUCCGACACAGCUGAGCACCCCCGCUACAGGAGACACACCCAGUCGCUCAGCCACGACGGACGGACCCAGGAGGAGCUUCGUGUGCGUGAGGAGGACCAGCAGACCAUCACGGUGGAGGUGGAACUGAAGAGACACGACAGCGAACCCACCAUCUCUGUUCCACAGCCUUCACCUGAAACUAGUGAGGUCGAGGAAGCCGCCGGUGCAGAGGCUCCAGACGCCGCUGCAGCAGCACCUUCCAGCUCUUCAUCAGCACCCGAAGCGGCCUCAUCCUCCUCCUCGUCAGCCCCAGCUGCUCCCUCCUCACCCGGGCCGGCCGAGGAAGCCCCGUCAAGUCCCAAGGUGGUGGUGGAAGCCGACAGGGCCAGCCAGGUGUCCGGCUCAGGGUGCACCAGUCAGGCUUCAGUCGAUGACGAGGAUGACGUGCCAAUCACAGAUAUCUACUUUUUUCCUGAUGGGAGGACCUGGGUGGUCUCUCCCUUCCGAGAGAGGAGGAAAUGCCAGUCUGGUUGGCCUCCUCCAGAGGACAGGACCUGGGUGUACUCUCCGCUACACUAUGGCUCAGAGUCUAAGGCCCUGCCAGAUGGGGAUUGGGAAAGAGAGACAUAAAGCCAGUUCUCUGGCAGAGAGGAGUGAACAUCUCGGUGGAGAGGACUCGUCAGUCUGAAGUCCAGACCUCAGUGGUAGCAGCGGGAUCUCUGUCUGAACCAGGAUUUUUAACAUGCAUACAGAAACACACUGAGAGGAGAAAGUGACCUGAGAACCAGAGGGGGAUUAAAAAAAAAAAAAGAAAAAAACCUGACAUCGAUGAUGUCACUGAUUUCCAACCAUCCCUGCCUUUCACCCUCAACCCUUGAAAUUUAUUAUAUGGAUUUAAUAAUUCUGUGUAUGUGUGACAUUGUGCGUAUAAGGCUGCUGUCUUAUAUGUUUGACAUACAUGAAAGAUGGUGAUAACUCACUGCAGGUUCUGUUUCACACAAGCACAGCCCUCCAGCAGACUUUACACUGCUUUGAAUACUGAAUCUACAGAGCAGCUGUGAAGUGAGCGGAGCUGCUGGUUCUGGUGCUGCAGAUUUUAAAAAAGGAAGAAAAGGAAUCAAUCCAUGGGGAGAACAAACACGUUUCGGCAGCGUUUGUUCAUUUAUUCUCACUGCCAUUAAAAGGAGACAACUGCAAAGUUUAAACUUUGAUCGGUGAUUAAAUGUAAUUAGGUACAUUUCCUCAAGUAUUUCCCUUAAGUACAAAUUGGAGGUCAUUUUCAUACCAGUUUCUGUGUUUAUUCCACUACAAAGACAGAAAUAUUGUCCGUUUUACUCCAAAGCAUUUAUCUGACAGCUUUAGUUACUUUACAUGAUAAGAUUUUUGCACACAAACCAUAAGAAGAAUGCUUAAAAUCAGAUGAUUAGUUACUAGUUAAAACUACCUAACACUUUAUUAAAGUAUAGCUGAGGCGAUUAGUUCAGUAAUCAACUGUUUUGAUAAUUGUUUAGAAGACUUGUGGCAGGAGUUCUCACUAUUUUUUUAGAAGUUUUACAAGCCAAACAAUCAGUCAAAUCAUAGAAAAUAAUCAGGAGAUUAAUCGAUAAUGAUUAAGAUCAUUAGUUCAAAAUGAGCUCAACCAAAACAACAUAAAAAUCCCGCUUUGACAUUCAAUCAAGAGUUUUAAUAAUCUCAUGUUAUGGUAUACAAUAAUGUAACAGUCACAGGAGAUAUUUUUCUGCAUUAAGUGCUUUUAAUACUUGAAGUACAUUUUUGUCAUAAUACCUAAGUAAGAUGUAAUAGAGUACUUCUACAGGGUGGCGUUAGUACUUUUUAUAAAGUAAAGGAUGUGAAUACUUCCUCCAUUAGUUGAUCGAAUGUUUCGUAUUGAAGUUUUAUGUUUUCAUGAGCUUUUUGUCAAAGAGUGCAACUGUUCAUCUGUUUUACUGAUGAUUUAAUGAGUUUCUUGUUCAUCCAAGCAACAUAAACCCUCCAGCUAUGGGUCUUUUUUUUUUUUUUUUUUUUUUUAUUCUCAAUGCUGAAAAUAAUGAGACUUUGCAAACCAGCCUUGCAUAAAGUAGCUCUUCUCACCUCACAACCCUCGUAGUUACUCACUCUGUGUACAGUAAAUGCAGAUUUCAGGGUGUUGGAGGACUCUGCUUGUGCUGAAACCACCGUUGAGCCAAUCAAAAGUGAACAUCUGGACGCCUUUGUCAUCCUCACAUUACCAGUAGUGAAAAUAUGCAGUUUAGUUUAUAGAGGAAGGACUGAAAUCAUUUGCUUUAGCGAAUAUUUAGAGAAGUUGUUGGAUUCACAGCAGCAUAAUUUAUAACUGAAAUGUUUUUGCUACAUUUUUUUUUUAAUUUUCUGAACUUUUCUUCAGCUGUUUUAUUUAUUUGUCUGUUUGUACUUUAUUGUAAAAUUCACUGAUAUUGUUACUUUUUCACUCUGAAAUGCAGAUUUUUUUUUAACUCUUUGCAUCCAAAGAACUUUUACUUUUGAUAGUUUCUUCACUUCAGCUUUUUUUUUUUUAAAAAGUAGAAUCUACUUUCUUUCUUUUCACAUCCAGUGUUUGUACAUUCAGUGUUGCUACGUUUUUCACUACAACUCCGUGUCAAAACGUCUCCUGCCUUUGAAACAGAAGGCACCAAUUACAACACUAAGGCAGCAGACUUUGUCAUUGCAGCAACCUUCACAUCAUUACAGCGUCUUCCAGUGUUGCCCUCUUUUUUGGACAGAUGCACACAAGUCAUUUGCAACAAUAGAAUUUCACUUUUUUUUAUUUUAAGUGGGAAACUAAUCAGCAUAUCAGUGACAUUUGUCACAUCUGGUCGCCGUCGCCUCCUCACAAUAAGAAACCCAUCGACCGGACGUUUCAAAUCUUUGUACAUCAUCAGUUGUAGUAUUUGCAGUCAGUAUCGUACCCGUUGUGUGUAUAUUUGAAUGAACACAGUACGUUGUCGAGACGCAGCAGUUUGGGUUGAAUGUCGUUUGCACUUAUUCAAAGGACCUGAACGUGAACUAGUGAUAGAGGCCAAAUAAACUUGCAUCACAUAAUCCGGAAGACAUAACUUUUUCAGUCUUUAGAUAGGAGUUUUCCGCUCACACAUGCUGAUAUUUAGACAGCAUUUAUUUUAGGAUCGUGUGUGUGUGUGUGUGUGUGUGUGUGCGUGUUGGUGAAGUCAAUCACAGUCAUUGUAGGGUUUAGUGUUUACUAUAGUCUCUCCGUGGCUGACAUCUUAAAAGUUCCAACAAAGCGGAUUUUUUAAAAAACUUCAGAGCUCGUUUCUUCGGUUGCUCGGUACGUUUCUAUGUGUGUUUGUGCGUAAGGGACGACACAUCAACGUCGAAGCAUUGUAAAAUAGAAAUGAGUUUGUUGUAAUCAGUUUGCUGUUGUUCAUCAGAUGAAGACCAUAGCAGCAAUAUUUUGUACAGUCUCGCUUUUCAGUUCAUUUUAAUUGCCUUAUUGAGAAAUUUUACAUGUCGGUCUCUUGUUUAUGUUGUUUUUUUUCACUCGUGCUGUUGUAUUUAUUUUUCUUUCUCAUAGUUGUGCUCCUGAGAAUGUGUACAUAAAACUAUAAAUACAUAUAUAAAGAUAUACAAAUAUAUUUUCCAUUUGAAUCGGAGAAUAUUAUUUUUAUUUGGUUUUAUUUUUGCUGCUGGGUAAGAAAUGAUUGCAAUCUACAUAAUUUACUGUACCAUAUUCCUCAGUGUGUUUAUCGAGACGCAGCUGCUGUAUAUUUAUGGUCUAUAAGCCGCAGCUGUUUCUUUGUAUGAUAUCCGAAGAACUGAAAGAUUUGUGGGUUUUACUGUACAUGCAGAUCAAUAGGGAUUCUUCCAAGUGUUCAGCUGUGUUGUGUACGUGUUUUCAAAUCGCUGUGUGACCUCAUCCAAUAGGGAGAGUCCUUUACAGAGACAUAGCAUGAUUUCAAAAAUGAAUAUGCAUAUCAGAAAUGUGUAUUUAUGUAUAUCUGUGUAUAUUCAUCUAUUUAUACAUGAGGAUAAAUAGAUGGCUGUGUGUGCGUGUUUGGACUCAAUCAGAAUGAAUACAAAAUAAAGCAGUUCUAUGAAUUGUUGUCCAUGGA